CAAAUCACCAUCUCCUCCUCCUUGUGAAGCGCAAAAUGUGGGUUCAAGGGGCAGAGCUUAAGCAGCCAUUAAAACCGCCCUUUCUUUGCAAUCCACUUAACUCUAAUCGAACUCGUUUCUUCACCAACCAUUAUCAGAAACGGAAACCUUUUGUGGUUGUUAUGUCCAUGUCAACCAAAAGUACUGCUGUUCCUAUCAUGGUAAAUGGCUGUAAUGGCAAAAUGGGGAGUUCUGUUAUAAUGGCAGCGAAUUCUGCUGGACUUCAAAUUCUUCCAAAAUCAUUUGGCCCCGAAUAUGAGGCUGGUAAUACUGUGGAAGUUUGUGGGAAUGAGAUUAAAAUCCAUGGUCCUUCUGAAAGAGAUAGUGUGCUCGCUUCCCUUUAUGAUGAGUAUCCGAACAUGAUUGUGGUUGAUUACACUCUGCCUACUUUGGUGAAUGAUAAUGCAGAUCUGUAUUGUAAAGUUGGGGUUCCAUUUGUUAUGGGAACUACUGGCGGAGACAGGGAUAGAUUAUACAAGAUUGUGGAUGACUCAAAAGUUUAUGCAGUAAUCUCUCCACAAAUGGGGAAACAGGUGGUUGCAUUUCUUGCAGCUAUGGACAUGAUGGCUGAGCAGUUUCCUGGUGCUUUCUCUGGAUACUCCCUUCAUGUGAAGGAGUCCCAUCAAGCAGCAAAGUUGGACACAUCUGCAACUGCCAAGGCUGUCAUUUCUUGCUUCAAGAAAUUGGGGGUGUCUUUUGAUGAUCAGAUAGAAAUGAUUCGGGAUCCCAAGGAACAAAAAGAGUUGGUGGGAGUUCCAGAUGAGUAUUUGUCUGGUCAUGCAUUUCAUUUCUAUUAUCUGUCAUCACCUGGUAAAACUGUUUCUUUGGAGUUUCAACAUAAUGUGUGCGGUAGAUCGAUAUAUGCUGAGGGCACCAUUGACGCUGUACUUUUCCUUGCUGAGAAGAUUCAAUCGAAGGCUGACAAGCGGAUCUACAAUAUAAUCGAUAUCUUGCGGGAGGGUAACAAGUAAUAAACUGUCAUGACAGCAACAAAUGGAUCCUGCUAAACCUCAAUGGGACGGCUGUUGUGGCGGGGAGAGAGAGAGCAGGGUAGCUCUACCAAGCAUGCAAGAAAACUUGAGCAACAAGUGUGAGAAAAAUGAGUUGGAGUGGCUUUUUUUUUUGCAAUGUACCCUCAGGACUAUGAUUGGGUAGUGCAGGCAAUGUUGGAUUGAUGCUUUUUAGGGAAUGUUGUUGCGUUUUGUGUCAUCGUUACAAAUGACAGAUAUAGUUGAAAUACUUACGCGGAACCUGUUUCGAAGAUAACAAAU